AUUUUUGUCUGGAGCGGCCUAAACAUGGUGCUGGAGCUGUACCUGGACCUCCUCUCCCAGCCCUGCAGAGCGGUCUUCAUCUUCGCCAAGAAGAACAACAUCCCUUUCAUCAUCAGGAGCAUGGAGAUGCUCAAAGGCCAGCUCUUCAGUGAGGAGUUCAACAAGGUCAACAUCCUGAGGAAAGUCCCGGUUUUGAAAGAUGGAGACUUCAUCCUGGAAGAGAGCACAGCCAUCCUCCUCUACUUGACGCGCAAGUACAACACGCCCAGCCAUUGGUAUCCGCCAGACAUGAAGAAACGGGCGCGGGUCGACGAAUUCCUGGCCUGGCAGCACAGCAACCUCCGGCCGUGCGCCGCCAAGAUCCUCUGGCUCCGGGUGGUGAUCCCUCUGUUCCUGGGGCAGCAGAUCCCUUCGGAGAAGGUCCAGGAUGCCUUGGAGGAGCUGAACAUCUCCCUCCAGAAGCUGGACGAGAAGUUCCUCCAGGACCGGCCCUUCAUCAUCGGCAGUGAGAUCUCCCUGGCUGACCUGGUCGCCAUUACGGAGCUCAUGCAGGUCAACACUCGCACUUGGGACAAGCUUCCCGAACUAACAAAAUGGCCGCCCUGCCUAACACGCAUUUUUUCCCUUUUCCACAGCCGAUGGGCGCCGGUUGGGACGUCUUCGACGGCCGCCCCAAGCUCCUCGAAUGGCGCAAGCGUGUGGAGAUGGCGCUGGGCAAGGAGCUCUUCAUGGAGGCCCAUGCGCGCAUCCUUAAUGCGCAGGAGCUCAAGAACAUCACCAUCGACCCACCGCUCAAGGCCCAGAUGA